UUUACCCAGCCCAGAACAGAAGCCAAUCAUUUAACCACAGCCCAGACAGAAGCCACUCAUUAACCGCAGCCCAAGACAGAAGCCACUCAUUUAACCACAGCCCAGACAGAAGCCACUCAUUUAACCCCAGCCCAGACGAGAAGCCACUCAUUUAACCACAGCCCAGACCAGAAGCCACUCAUUUAACACACCCAGACAGAAGCCACUCAUUUAACCACAGCCCAGACAGAAGCCACUCAUUUAACCACAGCCCAGACAGAAGCCACUCAUUUAACGCAGCCCAAACAGAAGCCACUCAUUUAACCACAGCCCAACAGAAGCCACUCAUUUAACCACAGCCCAGACAGAAGCCACUCAUACAACUACACAUACAGCAUGUAUCAACGUUCAGUAAACGAUAAGCCCUUAUCGCCUUCUCAGUCCAGCGACUGUAGCAUUGUCAGCCUGUCCAGACCCCGGCCUCACUCCAAUCCCCCUACUUACACAGACGCCAGCUCUCUGCUCAAUAUUGACUGUAGAGUGUGUGGGGACAAGGCCUCAGGCUUCCACUAUGGCGUCCAUGCCUGUGAGGGCUGCAAGGGAUUCUUCCGCAGAACCUUGCGGUUAAAACUGGUGUAUGACCACUGUGAUCUGCACUGUCGGAUUCACAAAAAGAGCCGGAAUAAGUGCCAGUACUGUCGCUUUCAGAAAUGUCUGCUUGUGGGCAUGUCACAUGAUGCCAUCCGCUUCGGCCGGAUGCCCCAGGUGGAGAGAGAGAAGCUGCAGGCUGAGUUUAUGGAUGUGGACCCCAGGAACCCAGAGUCAACGGACCUGAGAGCCCUGUCCAGACAGCUGUGUUUGUCCUACCACAGACACUUUCCCCUGACCAAGAGCAAGGCCAAGGCCAUCCUCUCUGGAAAGACCCACGGAAACUCACCGUUUGUCAUCCAUGACAUGAAGUCUCUGACGGCGGGUCAGUACUUUAUAAACUGUAGACAGCUCCCGGUACUGGAGCGCCAGAGGUCCGUCCUGCCCCCUGAGGAGCCUGCUGGGGAGCUGGAGCUCUCCGUCUUCCGCCGCCUCCAGUUCCGCUCCGCCGAGGCCGUACAAGAGGUCACAGAGUUCGCCAAGAGCAUCCCUGGGUUCACAGAGCUGGACAUGAACGACCAGGUGAUCCUGCUGAAGUACGGGGUCAUCGAGGUCAUGACGACCAUGCUGGCGCCGCUCAUGAACAAGGACGGCACACUGUUUGCCUACGGACAGAUCUUCAUGACCCGGGAGUUCCUCAAGAGCCUGAGGAAGCCCUUCUGUGAGAUGAUGGAGCCCAAGUUUGAGUUUGCGGUAAAGUUCAACGUGCUGGAGCUGGACGAUAGUGAUAUGGCGCUCUUCUUCGCCGUCAUCAUCCUCAGUGGAGACCGUCCAGGCCUGGUGAACGUGAAGCCCAUUGAGGACCUCCAGGAGACAGUGCUGCUGGCCCUGGAGCUGCAGUUGAAGACCAUCCACCCAGACUGCCCCCAGCUGUUCGCCAAGCUCCUGCAGAAGAUGACCGACCUGCGGCAGCUGGUGGCCAACCACGUCCGCCUCAUCCACCUGCUCAAGAAGCAGGAGCUGCAGAUGUGUCUGCACCCACUACUGCAGGAGAUCAUGAGAGACCUGUACUAAAGUAGUGGGGGACUCAGUUUAACAGCUAUGAAGAAAAGAAGACUGCCCACUGUGAUAUAUACAGUAGUACAGUACUAUCCCAAUUGUGAUUCCUAUAACAAUGUGUAGACCCUUAUAGAUCUUUAACUAGCCUGGUCCUAGACCUGUUUGUGCUUUAGUCCACUCGUCUGUGGCUUGUAUGUCAUAACAACAAUAGUCACCGAGACCAGGCUAUUCUUCAUCAGGUUCUCAAUGAAACCGAAUGUCUGACUUCAGAAGUGACCUCCAUGACAAGACGCGCGCUGCCGCUCCGCUGAACCCUGUUUGAUAUUCAGUAAGGGGAAAGAUUGGUUUCUCGGAAGGGUCUUUGAACUGUACCACAUUGUGAAUUAUUCAUUACAGAGCUUCUCACCAUCUCGUUGUUGUCGCAGCUAUUCAGUCUUCUGCUGUGUUUUUUAGUUAAAGGGAUGAAAGGAGAAAUGCUUUUAAUUGCAGGGCAUUCAUUGGAGCAUUCUACAAUAAACUAAAGCCUGGCUAAAGGUGUAAUAUAUUGUGAAAACAAUGUGUUAUCUUAAUACAUUUAGUUAAUGAUACAUAUUUGUAAUAAUAACUUUAUUUGUAUAGCUCUAUAUCAUAAAAUAAUGAAAUCAAAGUACUAAAAAAGAAACAGACGGAAGGAAGGAGAAUGAAAAAAUAUAGCUAAUUAAAAUCAUUUGUCAUAUACAGUA